AUGGAUCCUUUUUCCCUAAACUCUCCCGGGUUUGUUAACCUAUUAGCUUCCGAGAGCAGUCAAACAAUAGACGUAGAGUCUUCUGAGGUGUGCAAGUUUGUGGGAAGCUAUGAGGCCGCUUUGAAGGAGCAAGCUAGUGGCCAAAAUGAGAAUGAUGUCAUGAAGGCUGCCCAUGACAUCUUCUUAAAUGACUACCAGGUCAAGUUCAGCCUUGAACAUGCCUGGAGGGAACUUAGGUUUGAUCAAAAAUGGAGAUCAAACUCUUUGUCCAGAGAUGGUGCAAAGGACAAAAGGAAGGAAGCUGCGGAGAUGGUGCCUGACUUGGAAGAGGUUAGGCCUCCUGGUGUUAAGGCUUGCAAAGCAGCCAAACGCAAGAAGCAUGGGAAUGAAGCAGCUUUUGAUCAAUUACAGAGCAUGCUAGUUGUGAAAGAGAACAUAUCCAAACUGAAAAUCCUUGAUUGUCUCCUUGCCCAAAAAGAUACAGUAUCUGAUAUAGAAGUGUCUCUGAAGAACAAACUCGUAUCUGAAAUGCUUUGA